AUGGCCUACCAAAUGCUCAGUGGCGCUGAAAGUACAAAGCUCAUUAGUGGCAUUAGCAUAGCUUCAUCUGGGUUAGGUUCAGUGGGUCUCAACUUUCAAAAGAAAAGUGUAGUGUCUUAUGGUAACAAAUACAAGCGCAGAAACUUGAGACCCAGAUGCAGCGUCUCAUCCUUCAGGCCUGCUUCUCAGCCUAGGUUCAUCCAACACAAGAAGGAGGCAUUUUGGUUCUACAGGUUUUUGUCUAUUGUGUAUGAUCAUGUCAUAAACCCUGGUCAUUGGACUGAAGACAUGAGAGAUGAUGCAUUGGAGCCUGCUGAUCUCUAUGACCGCAAUAUGAGAGUGGUUGAUGUAGGAGGAGGAACUGGAUUCACCACACUCGGUAUAGUGAAGCAUGUGGAUGCCAAAAAUGUUACUAUUCUUGAUCAGUCCCCUCACCAGUUGGCUAAGGCUAAGCAGAAAGAACCCUUGAAAGAAUGCAAGAUAAUUGAAGGUGAUGCGGAAGAUCUUCCAUUUCCUACUGAUUAUGCUGAUCGAUAUAUUUCUGCUGGAAGUAUUGAAUAUUGGCCUGACCCACAACGUGGAAUUAAGGAAGCGUAUAGAGUGCUGAAAAUCGGAGGCAAAGCGUGUGUUAUUGGUCCUGUGUACCCAACAUUCUGGUUAUCUCGAUUCUUUGCAGACAUGUGGAUGCUCUUCCCUAAAGAAGAAGAGUAUAUUGAAUGGUUUAAAGAGGCUGGUUUUAAAGAUAUCAAGUUGAAAAGGAUAGGUCCAAAAUGGUAUCGUGGUGUAAGAAGGCACGGCCUCAUCAUGGGUUGCUCUGUCACUGGUGUCAAGCCUUUAUCUGGGGACUCUCCUCUCAAGCUUGGUCCUAAGGUAGAGGAUGUAAAGAAGCCUGUAAAUCCGUUGUUCUUUCUCUCGCGGUUCAUUCUUGGUGCAAUAGCAGCCACUUACUAUGUACUAGUUCCAAUUUACAUGUGGAUCAAGGACCAAAUUGUUCCAAAGGGCAUGCCCAUCUAG